AUGGCGCCGGAUCCACCAGCAAAGGGAAAACGCGGCCAGCCGCCAAACGCGUCGUCUAGACCAGGUCAAUCUAGCACCAUCGCUCAACACGCGCGAUCGCGCGCUGUUACGCAGAGCAGCAAAGCGGGCCGCUUGCAGAAAAGGGACGCCUUGAAUACAUCUUCCACGACAAAGAGGAAGCAGUCGUCGUUGAGAGAGAGCUGGACGGUGUCCAGCAGACGAGACGCUGAAGAAGGGGAGGAGGACGACGAGGAGGACGAGGAGGACGAGGAGGAGGAGGAGGACGACGACGACGACGACGACGACGACGACGAUGGAGCUGGACGACGGGCUCCAAAGCGCGGACGCGUCUCUGAUGCCCCAGGGCGAGGAGCCGGCCAAGGCGGAAGCGGUGUGAUUGGCAGGAGGGGCGUGCCGCAGCCCAACCAGCCGGCAUCUCUUGGCCAAGGCAAGCAGCGCGCAAACCAGCCCCAGCAUCAGUCGUCAGACAGAGCGUCUUCGCCGCCGCCGCCGCCGCCGCCGCCGCCCAAACCCUACGUCCACGUUGCGCCGCACACCCGCCGUGUCCGCCAGUCCGCCAUCGAGGCCAAAUGGUCCCCUCUGGCAAACGCCUCUCUCACAGCCGUCUCGACUACCCUCCAGCACGCCCAGCGGCCCAUCCUCCAGCGCUUCUCCGACUCCCAGCUCCGCCGGACGCACACGUCCUCGGCCCUGCGCCUCGUCGCUCACCGCAUCGCCCGCAAGAUAUCCCGCGGCCUUCCCUUCCCCCCCGCCUCCAUGCCCGCCAACGUCGGCCGGGCGCCCCUGCAGAGCGACGGGGGCCGCGAAGUCGAGCUGAAUUUCGAAAGCGUGCUCGACGGCAAGCUCAGCCUCGAGAAGCAGCUGGAGCCGGCUCUGGACGGCCUCGAGGUCCUCCGGCGCGAAAAGGACGCCACCGAGGCGGAACUGGAGCACGACUACGCGGCCCUGCGCAAUCUCGAGGCCGGGGCCAGGUCGCAGGCCCGAGAGCACAGGAGUCUCCUCAAGAAAGCCCACCCCCUCACCCCCGCGCCGCACAAGCAGCAUGGCCCUGACGGUCGCGGCCAACCAGACACCACCACCUGCCCUGGCUUCCGCAUCUCUCCCGACGAGGCAGCCGUGUCGGGCACCGCAUUCGCAACGAUCAAACGCGACGACGACUUGCACCCUCUUGCCGUCCAGCUGGGCAGCCACGUGGACAGUGUGCGCGCCAACCUGGAGCAGGUCGACGGCAUCGUGCCGCAGCUUGCGAGCAGCCGCGCCGCACUGAGGGCUGUGUUGCUGAAGCACCUGGACCUGAGGCAGUACGAGCAGGCUAUUUUGGGAUGA